AUGCACGAGGCACUUAGCUGUUAUAUUGGUUAUCAAAGAAAUGGUCAAUUGUUAAUUACCUACAUAGAAGAUAGAACUCACAUCAUGAGUUCAACUUCAAAUUUUGAUGAAUCAAUUGUAGGUAAGUCAUAUGAUUGCCUAGCCGAAUAUUUAUUUUUCUGUCUAUUUUCCAACAACCGAAACCAUUUAACAUAGUCUCACUACACUUUUAUAAAACUUCUCUUUAAAUCUCAUUGAAAUUCUCAUGUCCCAUAAAAUACUUGACACUUUUCUCCACAUUUUUCAAUCAGUGUUGAAACCAGAUAAUUUUUCUAUGGGGGGGGGGAUUAUAAUAAUGACUUUUUUUUUUGCUCAUCUACCCUCUUACUAAGACCAGUCAAAUUCCUUUAAUUAUUUAAUUAUUUAUUAAUUUACUUACAUCGAACAGGGGAGGAGCCAACAAAAUUUCAGGGGGGCAAAAGCCCCCCUGGACAUAUACUUGGAUUAAACACUGUAUCCAACCACACAUCCUCACAAAAGUCACUUCUUUUGUACAAAAAAUCCUAGAUACUUAAAACUGUCUACCUUGUUUAUAACCAGGACUGGGCAAGUAAAUGAUAUUUGUUAACACAGUUAAGUUAUGUUAAAUAUUUUUUUUCAAUUAGGUAAAUUAAAAAUUAAGUUAAAAUAUACCAUUAACUUAACUUCAAUUAAUAACUUAAGUUAAUUGAAAAAAAAAUAUUCAUUAGUUAACUAUUAAAAAUUAAAAUACCUUAUGAAAGUAAAUGCAAAUAUGAAAUAUUACUUAUGUAUCUAAUUUAAAACUUGUGGAGUUAGAGCAUUUAUAGAACUCUAAUCAUAAUUCAGAUUCAGAGAUCACUUAAAUUUAAAUUUUAGUAUAGUUUAAGUAGUAAUUUUAUUAUUCAAAAAAACUGCACACAAUAAAUAACUUAAAUAAAGAAAUACAUAAAACUAACCAACUAUUAGUUAUAAACUUUUAUUCAUAAUUUCUAUUAAAUUUUAACAACAGAUAGGUAGUACCCAAGUAGGUAUAAUAAUACCUAUUAAUAAAAUUUGUGGAUUUUUGACUAUUUAUGUCUUUAUUAUUAUGAUAAAUUAGUUGUUAUUUGUAAAUAUGUUAUCUUAUUUUUUUUUUAUUUUUAAUAAUAUUUUACGAUUUUCUUCAUUCAAGUUAAUUUUAAAUCUAUGAACUUAAAAUAUUUUAAACAGACAACAGUAAUAAAUUAAAUAUUUUUCUAGAUAAUAUUAAAAUUCAAAAUGAACUUAUUGUGAAUAAUAAAAAGAAUAUAAAUUAAGUUAAUAAGUUGGAAAUUAUUUAACAUUCAACUUAUUUACUCAUUAAUGCCUGUUGUUAGCUAUCUUGUAAAUAAAAAAAGGUGUAUAUUAUAAGGAAUUUAAUUUAAAAAAAUAAUGUCUUACAUUUUUUAUUUAUUAUAGUAUUAAGUAGAAGCAUACUAAUUUACUGACCAGACUAAACUGCCCCGACCUUGGCUUCUCAUUUUCCUGAAAUUUGGAACAAUGAUCAAUAGGCACACAGUCAAGUAGUCAACUUUAUGUCCAAGAACAAGGAGCCCAAGUCUGGGCAGUUUAGUCUGGUCAGUAAAAUCCAGGUCAGUAAAUUAGUCUUCCUCUAAUAGGUACAUUCUGGUAAAAGACAUCUUUAUUAACACAAUAAUAAAAAUAAUGUAGAUAUAUUUAAAUUUUAAAGUUUUGUACUUAAUAUUUAACAUUAAUUUAAUUUAUUAUUUAAAUGUACUUUAAAUUUUGUUAAAAAGUAGUAAUGACUUUCAAAUUCAAAUUUUAUAAAAAGUAAUUGUUUUUUAACUUGUUUUGUAUAGUUUUAUUUUUUUUUAAUGUCUAGAACCAUUCAAUUGGAAUAAAUAUCAUACAUUAAGAAAAUUGGAAGAAGUACCUGAAGAUUUUUUUCCCCAUGUAAGUAGUUUAUGUUCAAUAUAAAAAUUGAAAUGUGUAAAUAAAAAUACCUACAUAUUUUAAAACAAUUAUAUUUUUAGGUUUGUAAAAGUGAACAAAAUGGAAUAGAAUUAGGAUCAGUUGUUGAAGUUGAAAAUGAAGACAAAAAUGGCUAUUGGUUUGCCAGCGUGUGUUUAUCUAAAGGAGUUUCAAUCAAGUAUUCUUUAAUAAAUUUAUGUAAUAAUGAAAUAAAAUAAAAUAAAAGCAAAAUAUUAUUUUAGUUUACACUAUAUUGGUGACAAAAAUAAUAAACAUGACUUUUGGUUAGAGUUAAAGUCAUCAAGAAUCCAUCCAUUAAAUUGGGGAAGUAAAAAUUAUAAAAAACUAGUACCACCUUGUCCUGAUAGAUUUCUUCGGGUAAAUUCAGAAGUUGUUAAAAAAAAGAUUCAAUAUUGUGAAAAUAGUGUACCUAACUCUAUCUUAAAAAUGGUAUGUAUAUUUUUAUUUUAACAAACUAUUAAAUUCAAAAAAAAAAAAAUUAAUGGUUUGUAUUUUUAGAUUCUGAGUGGAGUGAAAGGUGUAGAAGGAGUAGAAUGAUGUUUCUUUUUGUUUUAUCUGUGAACAAUUUUUCUACCAGAAAUCUUGCUCCAAUUUACAAGUGUAGCACUUUUUCUAAAAGGAAAUUUUCUUGUAGUUUAAACUUAAGAGAAAACAUUUUUUGAUUUUUCCUAAGAAAUGGCAAAAACAGGGGAAAACAGGUACAAUAUUAAAGACAAAUUUUAAUCCCUAUUUAAUUAUUUUACCAUAAUAUGGUAUAAAUAUUUGUUAAAAAAGCAACACUAUCAACUGAACUCUACUCAGAAUGGUUUUUUGUGUUAGCAAUGGUUUAUCGUUACUUACAGUUAUACAUUAAAUCCUGAUUUAUAUCCUACAUUCCAAACUUCCCACCCACAACAGUGGCUGCAUUAUUCCCAUUAUUCUAGGACAACUUUAUUAUACUUUUUAAUGUAAUAAUUUGAAUUAGUAUUAAAUUAUAUAAAUUUAUUUCAGAAAGGUGUUCCAAUUUAUAACAUAUUCAAGCCUGGAAUGUUUGUAGAAGUUCAAGAUAAAGAAUACCCUUAUGGAGUUUGGACUUCAAAAGUAAUAUAAUUUGUGUAGUGUCAAUAUUUCUUGUAGUCUCUCUCUUUUUCUUAGUAAUUUACUAUCGCAACAUAUUGUACAGCCAAUUAGUAAAAACUUAGUAUAUAUAUUUUUUUGUUUUAGAUACUUAAAAAUGUAGGAGGGAGGUUGUUUGUGAAAAUGCUAGGAGUAUCAUCCCCAGAAGAGACACCAUUUUGGCUAUUUUAUUCAAAUGAGCGUAUUUUUCCUUUAGGGUGGGCAGACCAGAAAGGUAUAUUGCUAUAUUAUAAUACAAUAAUGUUCGGUUUGUUUUACACAUAAUAAUUGUUAAUAUAUUGUUUCGUAGGUCUUCCAUGGAGAGUUAUGAAUGUAGAUGUCAAUAUUAAAAAUUUAAAAAAAGGUUCUAGUUUAUUAAUGAAUGUUUUGAAGGUAAACAAAUAUAGUUUCAAAUUAUUAUAUCAUUAUUAUUAUAAAAAAAUAAUAAUUAAGUCAGUGAACCCACUAAAUUAAAAAAAUAUAUUAAAAGUUGAUACAAUAAAGGCUAUUGCAAUUAUGUUCUAAAAAUUACCGAAGGUAUGGAAAUUCGAAACCUCUGUUUUCUCAUUUAAAUUAAUCCUAACAAAAAUGUUUCAUAUUUUUUUUAUAAAUGUAUUAUUUUAAAAUAUUUUGUCUAAACAUGUUCUAAAUUUAACAGUUUGCUUGCUGAUAUAUUUAUAUUCAUUAUUUUACAAUUCUUAAUUUGUUGAGUUAAUAACAUUAUAAAAAUGUAUUAAAUCUUAAAAUUUCCUAAAUAGACAAAAUAUAAUUUUUUUGUUGUAUCCAACCAUUUAAUUUUAACUAUCUUACAUGUUUUCUGCCAUUUUAUUAAUUUCAUAUCAUUAUUCGUAAAGCAACAAAACAUUUUGUUUUUGACCUAUUGAGGAAAGUAUGUAAAAGUAUAAACAUAUCUGUUCUAAUUAUCACACAUUAAAGUCUUGCCUGAAAAAAUUUUAAAAAUCAUAAAUGUAAUGCUUACAGAUUUGUAAUGAACUAAAUUAUUAAUAAUUAUCUUUUUAAUUAUCACGUUCAUUAAUAUUGUAUUUCUCAAAGUAAUAUUUUUAGUAAGUACAUGUUUGUUAAAUUUCUAUUUUUGAUACAAUAUAUUGUGUUCUGAUUUAUAAUUAUUAAUAUGUAUACAAUAAAGUAGAAUAUAUUAUUUUCUGAGCUUUUUAAUCCUCAAAAAUAUAAAAUAAAUCUUGUUACACUAUAUUUCUACAAAUAUACUAUAUAAUUGCUCUUAUCAACAAUUUUUCUUCCCGAAAAGUUAAAUAAAUAAAUUAAAAAAUUCUAAAAAAAUUUAAAUACUUAAUUUGAAUUUAUUGUUGAAUAAAACCCAUCUUUAAUUAACAACUAACAGUUUGUACAAAAAAGAAAAUUAAAAAUACAUGAAAAUACUUCCCUUGCCCUAAUACCUAAUAUUAUAUCAAUAUUGUUAUUUUCAAACUAAUAAUAACAUUUAAAUCAUGUAUAUUUUAAUAAUAUAUUAUUUUUGAAAUUAGCCAAAAUUUCCAGAACAACACAGUUAUAAAGUGGGAGAUAUGUUAGAAGCAAUAAAUCCGUAUUCAUUGAUGGUCUUCUAUGUUGCUACAGUUGUUAAGGUAUAUGACAAUCGUUAUUUUAAAGUUGAAAUGGACAAUGACAGUAAUCCAGAGAAACGUAUAUCUUUUGUGGCGACUAAGGAAAACUCUUAUUUGUUUAAAGCAGGUUAAAAUAAUAAUAGUCUAAAAAAUUAGCUUUCUAUGUAAUAUGAAUAUUCAUAUUGUAAUUUUAGGUUGGGCAAGUAAACACAAGUUUUUAUUAAAACCUCCUUCCGAUUGGGAUUCAUCUAAACAAUUUUCUUGGUUAAGUUAUGCUGUGAUGAAAAGUGCUAAUUUAGCUCAAGUUGAUAAUCCACUUAGAAAAAAUAUGUACAACAUUCAUGCAGGCAUGACUCUUGAAGCUGUUGAUCCUAUAAAUCCUGACCAUAUCUGUGUGGCUACUAUCAAAGGAUUUGCAGAUCAUUGGAUUUUUUUGUCUUUUGAUCGUACAAAUUGGUAUUAAAAUUUGUAAAUAAAAUAACUAUUAAUUAGUUUAUUAACUAAACAUUGUGUAAAUUUAGGUGUCAAGAAUUAUUACAUGUGCAGUCCAUUUAUUCAGAUGAUAUUUUUCCAAUUGGUUGGUGUAAUAAGCACAAAUAUUCAUUGAGUACUCCAAAACUUCCAUUUAUUAACUGUAAUAAUUAUGAAAAUCAUUAUGUAUCUGAUAUUGAUACAAAUUUUGAAUCACAUAAAGAAUUUUUAACAAAAUAUCCAAAUUAUUUCAAAGGGGAAAUUCCCUAUCAUUAUAGCGAAAUGUAAUAUUAUCUACUAAUUUAUAUUAUUUAAAGCUUAUUCUUAAAAAUACAAAUUAAACUUGAUUUUAGGGAUAAUCAGACUUUUGAAGAGUCAUUACUAAAUAAAUUAGUUGGAAGUGACAAUUUGUGUUCCGAUUCAAAAACUGAGAAUAAUGAUGUUACUGAACCAAUUAUUGAAGUAAAACAAACUGAAUUAGUUGAAGAAUUUUAUGAACUGAAUAAAUUUAUUGGAAGUGUCAAUUUGUAUUCUGAUUCAAAAACUGAGAAUAAUGAUGUUACUGAAUUAGUUGAAGAAUUUCAUGAUGCAUUAUUUUCAAAAGGAGAAAAAGAAGUUGUUACCAAACAAAAAUGUCAAGUCCAAGCUAAAAAAAAAUUUAACCUUAAAAAGCAGAUUAAAACUUUAAAUACUGAUAAUUAUAAAAUGUGUAUUUAUUUUAACAAAAACUGUUAUACUAAAAAUUGUUUUCUAAAAAAAAAACUUGGAAAGAUACCAAAUUUUAUUGGACCAGGUCCUGUGUCUACAAUUUUACAUCAAGCAAUCUCCAUAUUUGUUAGAUUAAGUUAUGUUCCUUUAACUAUGUUGAAAAAAAUAAAAAAAAAUCAAAGCAUCUUAUUUAAUGGACCUGGUGGUAUUAAUAUGGUAAUUACAGCCCUGUAAGUAUUUACUUUCAUUAUACAAAUAUAUAAAUAGUAACAAAUUGUAUACAUUAUAUUUUUUCAAAGCAAUAAGAAAUCAGUUACUCCUUCAAAAUUUCAAGAGCAAUUUCUUUUGCCAGAAUCUAAAAAAUUGGCUCAAAUAUAUACUUCUAAUCUUUGUCAUUUAUUUGGUGUUUGUGAAUAUUUCAUGACUACUGAAAAAAUUGUAUGUCCUCAUUGUAUUGUAAAUGAAAAUAAAAGUAAGUAUUGUUAUCAUAUACAAAUACUAUAAAUGAUAAUUAUAUCAUUUUAAAUCCUUAGAGAAGUGGGAAACUUUGGUCUACUUUGAUAUUUUUUAAUUCUGAAUGUAUCGAAAAAUGUAUUGGUUUUACAAUGAUUUUUUUUUUAUGAUUUUUCUAUAAUAAAAAUUUCUUCCAGAAAUCUUGUUUUCCUAUGUAAAUGUGGCAUCUUUUCUGAAAAGAAAUAUUGUUUAGAUGGUACUUAAGAGAGGUAAUUUUUUUGAUCCAAGGGGUUUUCAUAAUGUCUAGGAAAACCCAGGAUAAACACAAGAAAACUGGGAAAAUUUUCAAUUUUAUUUGUAAUAUAGUAAAAAAAUAUUCGUACAGACAUGAAAUUUGGACUGAAAACUUAUAUUUACUUUUUCUAAACAUAGUAAAAUUUUCAAAACAUUAACUAUUUUUUUGAGCUAUUUAUAGAAAUUCAAUUUAAAACAUUUGUAUGGAUCUUAAGGACUUGAAAUUUGGACACGAAACUUAUAUUUGUCUUUUCUAGACUUGUUAAAAUUUUCAAAAUUGUUUAGCUAUUUUUGAGCUAAUUUUAGACAUUUUAAUUUUGCGAGUUUUGUAUGUAAUUUUCAUUCAAUAAGUACUCUACGGAUAAAAUUGUUAGACUAAACAGAAAAGCUUAAAAAUUAAACAGUAGGUACUAUUUUUAUUACCUACAUGAUCCAAUAUGUAUUAACUGUGUAAUUCAUUGUGUUCAAUAUAUAUUUAUUUUACUAUAAUAUGAUUUAUAUAUUGUUGAAAAAGCAACACUACUAACUGAAUACCCCUCAGAAUUGAUUUUUGUUAACAAUGAAUAAUCUUUGCUUAUAGAUAUACAUUAAAUUCAACUUUAUAUUCUAUCUUCCCAAUUUCUCAUUUACAACAAUGAUACACCGGUUGUGCAAAGUAUAUCAAUUUUUUUUUCUGUCCGUUCUGUCCAAUAUCAAUAAUGUUUUUCUAGUAGAAUUUUCAAGGUUGGUUAUUUUUGAAAUUUUAUAAAAAAAUAUAGUAAAAAACUGACAAUAAAUGAAAACCUAAUAAUAAUAAUUCUUUUAAAAUAGAUAAAUUUAAAAAUUUAAUUAUGAAAUUUAAAAUUACUAUUAGAAGAAAUAUUCAGUGUUAUUAAAAUUGUUUUAUGACUCAUUGGGCAAUCAUACUCUAGUUUUUUUUUUAAGUAGAAAAAUAGGUAGGUAUAAAAAAACAGCUGCUUUUAGUGUUCCAUAAUAUACAUAAAGGAACAACAUACUUUUAUAAUAAUGUAACAGUAGCACACUACAUUAAUUUAGUUAUUUUAACAACUGAUAUUUUUUCAAAUUUGUAAAAAUUCAGUAUUUAAGUUUGAAACAAAUGCUGUGCAAACUGAAACUAAUGUUGCGCAAGCUAAAACAAAGGCUGUGCAAACUAAAAUAAAUGCUGCACAAACAAUUGUGAAACCUAUGAAAAGAAAUAAUGAGAUUGGUAAUUCUAAAAGUUCUAAGAAGCAUGGAAAUGAAUUACUUUAUGAAAAAAUUACUAGAGUUGGUAUGUUUUUUUUAUAAAUAAUUAUCUUUUCUCAAUUAUUGAUUUAACUAAAAUGUUUCACUUAUUGUUUCAUAUGAUUUUAUGAUGUUUAUAUAGCUGCUGAAGAAUUAGAUUGGUCAAAUAAACAUUUAAUUGAAAAGUUUAAGUAUUAUAUGGGAUGUAUAAUUAACUUUGAAGAUUAUGUAAAGAGAUUAAGCGAGAGUUUAACUCAACAUGAAUUAGCUCUAUUAGUUGAAAUUGAAGCAAAAAAAGUUUAUCUUAGAGACAUGGAUGAUGAUGAAUUAUAUAGUAAUACAAAAUCAGACCUUGAUGAAGAUGAAGAGAAACUAUUCCCUUUUGUUAAUGAUUGGUAUAUGCCACAAUUAAUAAAUGUUCAUUAUUUAUUGUAAUUAUAUUGGUUAAACAUUUUUUUAGGAAAACUAGUUUUGAAAACUUUUAUCGUCAAAGUCCAGUCUAUAUGAAUACAACUAUUGAUAUAGGUGAUUUCGAACAUAUCAAAGUUACAUCAAAUCCAAAAUUUUGGUGCCCUUAUGAUGUUCAAAAUUAUCUAUCAAAUGAUAUGAAUUGUACAGAUAUUAGUAAAAAACUUAAGUUAGGGGUAUACAAUUUAAAAUAUUAAUUAUUACAAUUUUUCAUUAUUCAUAAAUUAUUUAUAAAUAUUUUAAACUAUUACUAUUUUAGCUUGUUGAUGGUGUAGCUUUUAUGCUAUUAAAUGAGGAACAACUUGUAUACCGAUUAAAGUAUUCAAUUAAUUUAGCAAUACGAGUUAUGUGUCAUGUGGCUCAUGUUAAACAUAUUUUUUUAACAAAAUACAAUUGAUUUACAUAGUAAGUAUUACCAUUUCCUUAUUUUUAUAUUUAUAAAAAUAAAAUCAUUUUAAUAACUCUGUGUAUUAUUUAUUUCUAUGGGAACAUUUUUGUUAAUUUUAAAUUGUUUAUAACUUAAUGAUUAAUGUUAGUUUUGCAGCUUUUAUUAAGUCCCUCCAUAUAUCAUGAUUAGGGAGUGGAUUUAAAUGUUUGAAAAAAAAAAACAAGAAAAAUGUAUUAAAUAAAAUUUAAUGCACUUUAAAAAACCUUGAAAAAAUGCCCUAAAAAUUAUUUUAAAUAUUGAAAAAUAUGUUUUUAUUUUUUUUAUAUAAAAAAAUUAAUGCAUAUUCUUCUUCUUAUAUUUCUACCCUGAAAAUUGUAUACAUUAAUUUAUUUUCCAAAAAAUUAAUAUACAAUUUAAAUAGGUAUACUUAUUAUAUUUUUACCUUAUGUUUCAUUAUGGCACUAAAUAAUCAGAUAAUGUUUAAUAUUUUCAAAUAAAAUUCUUUGACUUUGGCAAGUGUUUUUUUUGUAUCUUGAGAAACUUCUAUGUCAACAGAAGUCAUCGGUGCAAACUUCAUAUGAGCUUUAAGAGGAAAUCAAAAUAUAUUUUAUUAAACUAACUGGUAACAAUAUUUGAAUCCUUUGAUAUAUGAAACAAAUUUUAUGCUUGGAAAGCAUUUUUUUAGGACAUCCAGAAAAAAAUUAAAUUUGCAUUGAAAUUCACUCCCUAUUCAUGAUCAUUCUUAUGUCUGUAUUUACUCUGGUAUCAGGUUUUCCUCUGAGGUACUUGCCAGUUGGUUCAUCAUUGAAUAGCUUUUGAACUAUACUCCCCUCAGCUAGACCAAUUCUAGGUGCUUGACUUUCAGAAAGAAUUUAAUAUUUUAUUUUUUGUAUUGGGAUUCCAAGUUGGUAUUUUUUUCGUGUUUCAUAAUCCCCAGUUAAUUCAUUUUUUACAGAUCCUUAAAUUUAAUCUUUUCUCCUUUGUUGCCCAUGAUGGCAUAACAGCAUUCUUCAACAAUUUUAUUCAGUGAAAAAUAAGUAUUCAAAAUGAAUUACUCUCUUAAAUACAUGUCCUAAAUUCAUAGGCCCUUCUUGAUAACAAUAAUCAUUGAUAAUUAAUCCAGCCUUAUCUGUUACAUCAGGAUUUUUCCCCACAAUAUUUUCACAUCUUCAGUAUUACCCAUUAUUUCUAUGUCAUCAGGCGAGGAGGUUUAUGUUCAUAUUUCCUAUUACCGCUCCUACAUUGGUAUUCGCUUCUCUGACUUCUUUCUCUAGCAUUCAAUUGAAAAGGAUUAGUGGAUGUGUCUUCUUAGUUUUGGCUAGUAGUUACUUUGAUCAUGUUUGACGCCACAGAUAACACUUUAACCUUUAGUACUGUGUCUUUUAGUGAGGUUGCAAAUAAAUUUAUCAGCUUUAUAAGGAAAUUGAACUCUUUUAGAAUGUUAAGAAGGCUUUGAUAGUGAACUGAAUUGUAGGCUUUUUAUAAAGUCCACAAGUAGCACACUCUUGAAUUCCCAUUUUUUCAAAAUCUGUCUUAAACUGAAAAUUUGGUUUGUUAUUGACCUAUUGAGUCUAAAAUCUCGUUGACAGUCUCAAUAUCUUCUUGGCUAACUGUUUAAUUCUAUAAUUACCACAGAUUGGUGAACCAUCUUUCUUGUAAAUGGAGAGAUAAAUUACCAGAAUAUUCCAACUUUUUAGCAGCUCUUCUUUUUCUCAGAUAUGGAAUAUUAAUUUUUGGAUAUUUACUUCUGUAUCCUCAUAACAUAUUCAUAACUACCUUGUAUUCCAUCCUCUCCUGGUGACUUUAGUUAGUUCUUCAGUCCUAUUAUUUAUAACUUAAUUUCUUGCUUUGAUUGUGCCAAAUAUUCAAGGGGGAUUUAUGAAAAAUGUUUGAAUUACCAAGAGUUUAAAUUGCUGAGUAGUUAAAAAUAUCGAGAGCAAAACAAAAAAUUUAAAUUACUGAGUUUUGAAAAAAAUGUUUGUUUUUUUUAUUGUGAUUAUUAAAUAUUUCAUCAAAUUAUAUGGUAUUACAGUAUUUAUUGUUUUUAAAAUGUAAAUAUAAAAUUAUCAUUAUUAUUAUUAAAUAUAUGUACAUUAAAUUACUAUUAUAAAAGAUUAUUAUUUUUUGAAAAAUCAAAAAAUAUUUUCUGCUUUAUUGAACUAAAGUUUUAUUUUGUUAAUACUAUUUUAUACUGUAAAUAAAGCUUCAAAAACCUCGACAAUGACUUCUGACUGGAGCGAAAAGUUACAUAAUUUUUCCAAUGAUGAACUAGCUUCUUUCAAAGUCAGUAUGUAGGUCUGUGUCAUCUUCAUUGUCUUCAUCAACACUUAAUGUAUUUUUAAAAUAGUUGCCACAAUCUUGACCUAACCUCGCUAUUUAUUCCAUAACUGCUUAUGCCGCUCCAGUAGUAAUAAAGUCAAACAUCCAAGUGUGCUCAAAGAUAAAUCCGAUUUCCAAUUUACAUAAUUGUUUUCUUUAGCUCCAUUUUAUUUAGGUCCUGAACAAUGGUUUUUUUUUUCUAGGCUAGGUUGUUAACUUAGCACUAAACAGCCAACCUGAAGGGUCAGAAUUCCCCAACCAGUUAAAGUCAAGGUAGGGCUAUUAUUGAAUUAAUAGAACAUUGGGGGAUAGGGAUGCUACAUUCCCUAUGCCAUUGAUAAAAUAAACAAUUGAUGUUUUACAUUUUUAAUUUUUAGUUAUUAAAAUGAACACAGUCUGUAUUUUUCAGUAAAUUUAAACAUGUGCUAAAAGUUAUACUUGUUAUUUAUAAAAUGGGCACUGUAAAUUACACAAUGGGUACUAGCAUGCUAAGGUUUUCAUUUUCUUUAAAAUUAAAAAUUAAAUGUUAACAUAAAUAACAUUGAUGUAUAAAUAUAUAAUAUAUAUAUUUAAUAAAUUACAAGAAAUAUUAUAAUACUUUUUAAUUAUUUAUGAAUGUAUACAUAAUAUAUAUUAAAACAAAUAUAUUAGCCUCAGUAAGAUUAAUUAAAUUAAUACAAAAAAAUAGUUAAUAUUGGGGAUGGGUGCUGCCACUGUUGUAGGUAGGUAGUGGGAAAGGUGGGAUACAUGCAGUUAUUUAAUUUAUAUCUGUAAUCUACGAAAAAGGAUUCAGAGCAAUAUUCUGUUAUAAACAUAUUUUUUAAAGGCCAUAAUAUUUACAAUUUUUAUCAAAAUUUGAUUUUAAAACUUUUUAAAAAAAUACUACAUUACACUCAAUUUUAUUUUUUGAAAUAAAAUUCAUUGUUUUUUUCUAUUAAUUACCUAUGGUUAUGUCAAAAAAAAAUGUGAAACUGGUUUGAAUUUCAAACCCCCAGGAUGACAUCAAGUAAAUACCACCACUAGACUAUGACAUACAUACUUUGAAAUUGAUAAUAUUGAGUUAUUUAACAUAAAAAAUAUCACAUCAAAGUAUGACAUUUAAGAAACCUCCUGUUAAAUGUUUCAUAAUUUCUGUUUAGUCUAACAAUUUCAUUCAUAGUGUGCCUACUAAAUAAAAAUUAUGUAAAAACUCAAAAUUAAAAUGUUUUGAAAAUUUUACUAGAGAAAAAACAAAUAUAAGUUUUGUCUCAAUUUCAAGUCUUUAUGAAUUAAACUAAAUACUCAAUUAUUAAAAUAGUACUACUAAGAAAAUCAAAAACCCACUUUCUUAUUCACCAACUGGAUUAAAAAUUCAACAAAAAUAUCUCUUUGUGAUUUGUUUUUUUAUUGGAACAAUAUUUGAUAGAAAACACAAGUCACACAAAUUUUAAAUAAAAAAAUUGUGCUGUACUUUUAAAAAAUACUUAAAAUAAUAAAAAUCAAUUUUCUUUGUUAGUGGCUGUAUGUUAAAGAAACAAAAUUGAUAAUUUAUCAUUUUUUAUAUUUCUGGUAGAAAAAAUUGUGUAAAUAUUUGCCAUUUUACCUGUAUUUUUCUUUCAGGUUUUUCCGGAUAUUUUUGAAAAUUCAUGGAAAAUCAAAAUUACCUUCCCAGUGCACCA